UGUUGAGAAGCCUGUCCAAACAGGCCUCUCCCACAUUCCCUGGCUGUUCUCCAGUCUGCAGGAACUGAGACACCCUGAGUUCAGCGACUGUGAGGGCUGAGCAGAGGCUGCUGAAGGGAGCCACUGAGUGAAGUUUGCGGAGAUCCACCGGCUUCCAGAUGUUAGGCCUUCUGGGGAACACAACCCUUGUGUGUUGGAUCACAGGCACAGCGCUGGCUUUUUUAAUGUUGCUGUGGCUGCUGGCCCUUUGUCUUUUCCAUAGAUCACAGGAGCACGAUGUGGAGAGAAACCGAGUCCGACAAGCCCGGCCUCGACUCUUCCAUGGCCGGCGCCUGCGUCUCCCGAGGCUCGUUCACCAUCACCAUCAUCAUCACCAUGGCCAUGUAACUGGGGUGACCAGUGUAGGCGUUCACCACCACCACCAGCACCACCGUUCUCCCCAUCGGCUCCACCACCACCGCCACCACCACCAUCGCCAUCACCAUGCUCAUGGAACCCGCCACUGAGGCUAGUAGAUAGCAUCUACCUGGCUCUGCCUGCCAUCCAGCUACAAAAUGAGUGGACCCUGAUGUUUCCACAGAAAAGGAUGUGUCUCUGGGGUGAAUGGGGGUACUGGGACCCUGGUCCUGCUUAGGUUUCAUUUGCAUAUGAGCCCUUCUCCCUAUGUGCAACAGAGACCUGAGAACCACCUGGGUGGCCCUCUACACAAUGAAGGGCUGGAGUUUGGAGCAGGGUUGGCUGACAUCCUACCUUGUGACUGCAAUUCCUGGUGACCCUGGAAGUGACAAGGGUGUCUGGCUGAACCAGAGCCCAGGUGGAGAUGGAGUGUUCUUCUGAUUGGGGAGGCCCUGUGAUGCGAUUCCAGGGGCAGACUGUGGUAUGGGGCCUUCACUGUUGUUUGGCUGUAAGAAAUAAAAGCCACCAGAGAGCU